AUGUACGGAAUCCAAUUUCAGUACAUUACUUAUAGAAUGGAUCACAAAAUAUCUGAUGUCCAAUUAUACUCUCAAAAGGUUGGUUAUCCAGUACAUCUCCUAAAAGAAGAAUUUCAUUUAUAAUAGGGAAUUGGGGAUAACAAAAUCCUCUGUGAAUUUACCUAUGCGGUAGAAUUUUCAUCAAAAUGUGGAAUACAUCCAUUUUCAGCUGCAGAUGCAAGUGAAGACUCCUUUCUGAAAAUUAAGGGCUGCACAAUUUCGAAUGUAUAUGUCUACUUGUCACAGUAGAAAUAAUUGGCAGAUCAAUAAAACAUCAUUUAUAGCAUUGCUAGCAAAUGUACUUUUUAGGACACUAAGGAUAAUUACAAACAGUGGUUGUAAAGAAGGAUAUAAUGGUUGAAAAUUAUUCUAGAUUUGGUUGAUCUUAUUGGGAUUCUGAUACAUCAUGUGAAUAUCAAUGCAUAUUUUACAGUUAGCAGAAGAAUAGCAGCUCCUAAUUAAAAUUCAAAAAAGAUUUUAGAAAUUAUUUGA